CAUUUCACCAAACUAAGGGGUGUAGUAUGACCAUGAUAACAUUCCAAAAGCCUUUAGUGAUUUUGGUGGCUCUUCACUCUUUGGAAGCGAAGUUAUUGACACUAUCCGUUGUCGAUUUGCACUUUGUAGACGGUCCCUAAGCUCUCCUCAGACAGCGGACUGCUCAUAGGGAGCAAUGUUAUCCGUAUUUCUGUAAAUACAUAUUGUUUGGACGAAAAUCCGUUUGUAGCUCAUUGUCUACCUUACCGCUGUUAAAUAGACCCGUAUAUUGUGUUGUAAGAACGUUUUGUUUAAGAUCUAUUGAGCCGCGAAGUUCGAAUCUGCCAAUAUCUUUCCAACUUUACUGAACUAAUGCAGUUGACGUUUUGUUUGCGUAUUUUUAGUUGAAUAUCUGCAUGUAAUUAGAAUAGAAUGCAUUUUCACUAGAGAUGGCAAUUUCGAAUCAUCAAAACAAUUUCGAAACAUUCGAGACAAUGUUUAAACAGUAAACAGAGCGUGAGACGUGAUGUUUUGUCCGUUUUAUGUGAAUUAUUACUGUCACGAUUGGGUAACAAGGAAGACAGAUCCAGAAGUGCGGGGAAAGGGAGGCUUUACUGUUGAGUUAACAGUAAGCGAGUUAUAGAGACCCGCUGUAUACAGGCAAGGGGUGACAGCUCCCAGUCCGAUCGCUGGUGGUGAGGGCGGCGUGCUGAGACUGAAGGUUCCCGAUGAGGAGCCGAGGCGAAAGUGCGGAAGGGGCGCGCAGAAGUCGAAGUCGUGAUCCAGAAGCGAAGGUCGAUGCCAGGGGAAUCCGUCCGACACGAAGAAACCGAAACAGGGCACACGAGGAAAGGAGGACAGAGGACACCGGGCUCAGCAGAGCAGGCAGGUUAGGAUCGGGAACUGGGCUAUGGGAGGAAUGGAAGAAGGUGAGGAUCACACAAGGAGAGAACAAGUAAGGCGAGGUUAAUCGGGGAGACUGAAGACAGAUUGAUUGCUCAGUAAGGCGUCUAUACACCUGCUCAAUACUUCGCACUGAUGGUUUGGGGUGUUUGGUUUAUAUAGGUGGUAAAUCGUCUGUACCCUGUAGGCGCGACAAUUACAGCCAACUGGCUCGCUUGUGUGUUUCCUGUAGGAAACGUCACCGCGGUUAAGUUAGCCUCAUAUUCGAUAUUCAAUUUUCUGGCUUUAAUAACUUUUAACGGAAGUAAGGUGGGGCGUUUGUAAUGACAGAAUUGUGAUGUCCAGUACACAGACCACGAUGCACUCCGAUUUUUUUUGCACUUCAAACCAUUUCGUGAUUUAUGCAAAAUCGUGUUGAUAGCUAAUAUAAUAGGUCCUUUCAGCUGUAAUGACAUGGUGGUUUAGCAUUUUGGGCUCAAAGCGAUUGUUGCACACCCUUUUCCCUUAUGAAAAUUCACUAUGGUUUCCUAUGGUUUCUAUGCAGUAACCAUAGUUUUACUAUGGUACCUCAUGGUACUUUGGUACUACCCAUAGCACUACCAUGAUUUGGAAAGACCAUGGUAAAACAAAAACCAUGGUUUAUGACCAAGAUUAUACUAGGGUUUAACUGUAGCGAAACCAUGAUAAAACCAUAGUCAUGGUUUCCAUAGUUACCAAAAAAAAAACAUGAAAAACGGCAAACCAUUGUAAACCAUGGUUAUUUAAUCAUAGUAAAACUAUGUUUAAUUUUCGUAUGGGUUGUUUCCCAGAUUGCUUUAUGUAUGAAUUUUACUUAAUUUAUGAAUUGUUGAGUGAAAUGUUAAUUUGUUUUAUGCAAUGCUAAUUUGAUUUGCCCUUCUCGGCCACCGUAUAAUAUAAUGUAUUGCCACACGAGUCAGAGCCUGCAUUUUGCAACUGCCCAUCACACACUGACGUUGUAGAAAUGAUUAACGACGAACUAUUACCAUUUUUGAAUUAAAUGAAUUAAAAUCUUCAUAAGUCCGGCCUCAGUUUCCCACGUAAUGAACCAGGCAGUUACCAGAUAGCAUGUUAGGUUAUCACAUGCUAAAUGUUUUGGUAGGAAAAGUACACGUCUGCUGAUGGUUAUUCUCGAACAUAUUUGUUUUAACAAGAAGCAUAAAUGAUGGAAAUAAUCAUUUUUGUUGUGAUAUGCAUUACAUUAAUUGUUUUAUUCAAUUUUUUUAAAUGCCUAAAUCCUAUUGCUGUUUGGAGUGUUUGCAUGCUACACUAAGCUAGAAUGCCUUCCGAAAAGGAUUUUGGAGAGAGAGGCAGCAAAGGGGAGCACAUCCUUGCAGAUUUGGUUGCAAGCAAGCAAAUCAAACGGUGAGACAGACACAUUGUGAUAGAAAUGGCAAUCCCUACAUUAUUUGGUGUGAAAUGGGGAAAUAGGCCCAUAUUUUCAGACUUAUUGUAAUUAGUAAUUUUGCACUUUCAAACUAUUGAAGAUCUUGCCUGUGCACAACAAAAAUGAGGACUGUCAAGUCAGUGCUUGAAGUAUUCAAAGAACAUGAUGCUCACAUCAUAUUUCCCACACUCUUCAAGUUCAUCAAAAUAUAUGCCACAAUACCUGUCUCAACUGCAGCAGUAGAAUGUUCCUUUUCAAAGCUGAAACUGAUCAAAACAAGGCUCCGAAAUCAGUUUGGUCAAGAGCGGCUGUCUGACCUCCUCUUGCUGGCCAUAGACAGGGAAAUGGAAAUUGACAAGGAAGAGGUCCUCAAGAUUUUUAUUGAAAUGGCCCCCAAUAGGAGGAUUCUGCUUAAAAGUAAAUUUGUAUAUUAAUAAAGACUUAAUAAAGAAAUUGUAUAUUUUUCAGUUCUUCAUACAGUCUGUGAUUAUUAUUUUUUUGGGGGGGGAGAGGGUGCCCUUUUUUCAGGUCAGAGCAGUGGCCCCUUGAAAUUCCUGUGCAUGUCCAUGAUUAUUUUGAUCACUGUAAAGACGUUAGCAUCGAUUCUAAGUAAUGUGCGUUUAAAUGCCAGCACAGUGCUGGGCAAAUUUACACUGAUAAUUACCAUCAAGAAAAUGCCUGGAACACACUUUCAACUUUAAAUCGGACAAAUCGUUUUGGGCAAACCAGCAGCGGUGUGGCUAUAAAAUUUUACUUAGUCAUAGGUCUAUAGAUCAGCUGGUGUGGCCAUUCUUUUUCUUAUUUAUAUAAUUUUAAAAGGAAAAUAAUUAAUUCAAAAGCUGAUGCAUUGGGACACAGCAUAAUUCUCCCACCACUGUGUUUCACUGUGGGGAUGGUGUUCUUUGGGUUAUACGCCUCUCCCUUCCUUCUCCAAACAUAAGCAGUGUCUCUAUGGCCAAAGAGCUCUAGUUUAGUCCCAUCUGACCAUAGGACAUGCUUCCGGUAUGCAUAAUCUUUCUCCAGAUUGUCCUGAGAAUACUUUAGUCUGGCUUGUAGGUAUCUCUUCUGCAAAAGUGGAGUCUUUCUUGGUCUGCAACCUCGAAGUCAUUCCUAUGCAGAGCUCUAGUGAUUGUCUUCUUAGAGACCACCAUUCCCGACUUGGCCAAGUCUUUCUUUAGUUUUUGGCAGUUGUUCUGGGGUCUUUAGACACAUCUCUCACUAGUUUCCUUUACAGGAUCUUUGAAAUCUUUCGCUUCCUACCUCUGCCAGGCUUGUUCUGUACUGUGUGGCUCUCUUUGAAUUUCUGCAUUAUACUUCUCACUCCAGUUCUUGACACUUGGAAACGCUGUGAUAACUUUGUAUAUCCUUCUUCUGCUUUGUGUGCAUCAACAAUUCUUUUUCUCAAGUCCAAGCUGAUGUCUUUUGUUUUUGGCAUGGUGCUUUCUCAAAUGACAGCUGAAUGACCCUUACUGAGGAUUUCACACUCAGUUUUAUACCUUCUGUUUUAACUUGAUUAAGUUAAAUCACCUGUGAAGUUAAAGCACAUUGUUAUACAUAAGUGGCUUGUAUAAUGGCUCAAUAAAUUGUAAUUUCUUAAAGGGGGCUAAUAAUAUUGUCCCAGGUCAUUUUUGUUUUUUCUGAAAUAAUUCUGCUAUUUUGUGCAAAUAUAAAUAAUUUAUUCCUUCUAAAGAAAACUAAUAUGUUCACAAAUGCUAUGUUGAAAAUUCCUUGCUCUGUUAAAAAUGCAUUUUGGAAAGUCUUGAAGAAACUUCAAAUUUCAUAGGGAGGCUAAUAAUUUUGUCCUCAACUGUAUGUAUUAAAUCCUGCUUUUAAUCGGUCUGUGUAACUGUCAUAACCUGAUGGAUAUAUGGAGAGAGUUACAUUUUGGAAGAAUUUUGAUGACUAAGGUUAAAAGUCUUUUAAGAAUAACAGAAUGGUCAUUCUCCUGCACCCUGUGGUCUCUCACAAACAUCCUAACUUCCUGGAAAGAAUCACAAACAUAAAAUAGCGACUAGGAAAUCCAUAUAAGUAAAUGUAGAGGAUUUAUUGACUCUCAGCCAUAAAUAGAACUUUCAGCCAGCUGUCACGUUUCCGGAAGAAGGAGAACGGGGAUCCAGAAUAGCAGGGUGCAACAAGUUUAUUAAACACCGGGACGUGCGAUCUCCGCAGGAGAGCGGUCCCACAGGGGUUCGGGUAACCGGCCCCUUUGACUGACUGGUCGAGCCCAAACAGGACACACCCGUGAUAUUCACCACGAGUGGAGCCGAGGCGAAGGUACAAGAGCGGCACGCUGAGAUCGUUGUCGUAGUUCGAGAUCCAGGGUCGAGGUCCGGAGUAGUCUGUCCGACGUGUAGAUACCAGGACACGGAACACGAGGGAGACGAUGGACUUGGAGGAAGAGGAAAUUGACGCAGUCUUGUAAAUGUAACACAAUGGGAAGGAGGUCCACAGUGCUCUGUGAUGGAAGGUGAAUCCAAGAUAUUGACAUUUGACAUUUGUGAUUUAUGGUUCGACCAGAGGAUGUUCACAACAUGCUUAUUCUACUUCAGACAUAUUUAAUUCUUCUUCUGUGUGUUAAUUAUAAUCCCUGUUACGCAUGCGGCCAGGCUGAAUAUAAAAUCGGUGAUGAGUGCUGUCCUAUGUGCUUCCCUGGAAGUCGUGUCUACAGACAUUGUACAGCAUGGACCAGCACUUCAUGUGCUCCAUGCAUAGGUUCUACAUUCAAUGACCAGCCCAAUGGUCUGGAACAGUGCAACCCCUGUACAGUCUGUGAUGGAGGCCUUGGUCUGAAAACAGUGAAGGAAUGUACACACUAUUCAGACACACAGUGUGGGGUCCUGGAAGGGCACUAUUGUAUUAAUCCUUAUAUGGGAGGGUGCAGAACAGCCAAUAAACACACAGCCUGCAAACCUGUACAGUUCAUCAAACAGCCUGGAACAGAAUACACUGAUACAGUAUGUGAGGAUUGCAGUGACAAUUCUUACUCUAAUGGCUUUUUAACAUCCUGUAAACCACACACAGACUGUGAAUCCAGAGGACUUGUCACAGUUAAAGCAGGAGACCAAGCAGCUGAUUCUGAAUGUGGAGAGAAAAGUAACACUGCAUUGACAGUUAUGAUAGCAGCAACAAUAAUAAUAAUAAUAAUAAUAAUAAUAAUAGCAGUCACAGCAGUAAGUUACAGAAGAAGAAAAAAAUUCCCUGAACAUGGAAUCCGCAAACAGAAUAAGGACCCACCCCCAGAAGGUGAAAAUAUACUGCCAAAUCCACCAGAAGUAUAAGAUGACGAUGUGACAUAAACCCACAGAGGAGCCGCCUGAUACUUCUGAAUGUUUCCCCUCCCCCUUCACAGGUUUAAAUUCUGCAAUAACCGCAAAGCGGUAAAAUAAUCCUUGAUUUUUCUCCAGAGGAAUGCAGCAUAUACAUCCCCUCCUGGCUUUUAGGCAGUGCCAGUCAUCCUAUUGGACACUGACUUAGCAUCCUCUGGCGCCCCCCUCUGGAAAACUUCACCAGAGGGAUAUUCUUUGUAUUUUGAAAAAGAACAAAUCUGCUGAAGAGCUUCUUUCUUGGUGAUCUUUUUAAUAAUCCUGGCUCCUCAUUUCACUGGAGCCCUGUGAUUGGCUCCUACUAUGUUUCCCCAACAUUGGCUACAUAAGUUCUGGCAACAUCAAGAAGUCAGCUGAAGGGGAUAGCAGCUUCUGAUAAACAUGAGACCAGACACCUAGCAGCCUGUUAGAGGUGCUUCAUGGUCUGUAUCUUUGUGACACUGCAAAAUUAACAUUUUGCUAGCUGGACAGUGGCUUCAUUCUUCAGACCAGAAGCAGUAAUCAACACCCCCAGGAAAGAAUGCUGUCCGCUGGGCCAUCAACUGGUCUGUUUUUAAAUCAUCCACACACCAGAUACAAACCUAAAUGGCAUCAGCAGUAUAUUGUUUAUUGACUGAUAGAGCAAAUGCUAUAGCACAUUAAGUUAAAUGCAAAGCUAUGCUCUAUGACGGAUGUUAUUUCAUCUAGACACCAUUGAUAAGACUGGCAAGCUUGAUAAAAUUACCUUCUUGGUGUUUGA